AUGGAACACCUCUGCAGCUGUGUAUGGGACACCUCUGCAGCUGUGUAUGGAACACCUCUGCAGCUGUGUAUGGAACACCUCUGCAUCUGUGUAUGGAACACCUCUGCAGCUGUGUAUGGGACACCUCUGCAGCUGUGUAUGGAACACCUCUGCAGCUGUGUAUGGAACACCUCUGCAUCUGUGUAUGGAACACCUCUGCAGCUGUGUAUGGGACACCUCUGCAGCUGUGUAUGGAACACCUCUGCAGCUGUGUAUGGGACACCUCUGCAGCUGUGUAUGGAACACCUCUGCAGCUGUGUAUGGAACACCUCUGCAGCUGUGUAUGGAUCACCUCUGCAGCUGAGUAUGGAACACCUCUGCAUCUGUGUAUGGCGCACCUCUGCAGCUGUGUAUGGAACACCUCUGCAUCUGUGUAUGGACCACCUCUGCAGCUGUGUAUGGAACACCUCUGCAUCUGUGUAUGGCGCACCUCUGCAGCUGUGUAUGGAACACCUCUGCAUCUGUGUAUGGACCACCUCUGCAGCUGUGUAUGGAACACCUCUGCAUCUGUGUAUGGACCACCUCUGCAGCUGUGUAUGGAUCACCUCUGCAGCUGUGUAUGGACCACCUCUGCAGCUGAGUAUGGAACACCUCUGCAUCUGUGUAUGGACUACCUCUGCAGCUGAGUAUGGAACACCUCUGCAGCUGUGUAUGGAACACCUCUGCAGCUGUGUAUGGACCACCUCUGCAGCUGUGUAUGGACCACCUCUGCAGCUGUGUAUGGACCACCUCUGCAGCUGUGUAUGGAUCACCUCUGCAGCUGUGUAUGGAACACCUCUGCAGCUGUGUAUGGACCACCUCUGCAGCUGUGUAUGGACCACCUCUGCAGCUGUGUAUGGAUCACCUCUGCAGCUGUGUAUGGACCACCUCUGCAGCUGA